UGUCAGCAGAUUGAUGGAUACUUCCUGGAUUGGACUGAGUGAUCGAGAGAAAGAGGGGACCCACAAGUGGGUGGAUGGUACCCCCAUGACCUCAAGUUGGAGACACGUUAAACCACGCGAUGACGGCGGAGCAAGAGACUGCGUCGUAGCAGGGGAGGACGGCUGGUCUGAAGAACCGUGUAACAGACUGCACCACUGGAUCUGUGAGAAGGUCCUAGACCUGGAUCAUCUGGAGGCUGAGCGGAACAAAGAGGGUUCAGUGAUGCUCACGGAGGAGGAGGAGGAGGCCCCCAGCAUCACAGAGUUCCACUCCUCUACCCACGUGUUGCCCGUGGGCCAAACGGCCCGCUACACCUGCAACGCCGGCGGCACGCCGGAGCCCACAGUAGAGUGGCUCCACAACGGCAGGCCCCUGGUGAGGGACGGCACAGACGACCAAUCAGAGGCCUGGGUGGAGAGGGGCUUCCUCUUCGUCAGAGGUGGGAGGUACGGCGUGAACACGGUCUGCUGCAUGGCGAGCAACAGCGCUGGCACGGCCAAUCACAGCGCUGAGCUGCUUGUCUUUGAUGCCUGUGACCUCACACUGGACCCCAACACGGCCUACAGAGAACUCUCUCUGUCUGAGGACAACAGGAAGGUGACGCAGGUUGGAGAGGACCAGUCGUAUACGGAUCACCCAGACAGAUUUGACUCCUGGCACCAGGUGUUGGGUAGAGAGGCUCUGACUGGCCGCUGUUACUGGGAGGUAGAGUGGGAAGGAUGGGUUUGGAUAGGAGUGACAUACAGAGGAAUCACAAGGAGAGGAGGGGGUGAUGACAGCCUGCUUGGAGGGAACAACAAGUCCUGGGUUCUUUAUUGUUCUGAUGGUCGUUACUCUGCCUGGUACAACGGUACAGAGACAGUCCUCCCUCUCCGCGCCACUGGCUCCACCAGAGUAGGAGUGUAUCUGGACCGGCCUGCUGGCUCUCUGUCCUUCUACAGAGUGUCCCCAGGUGGAGGAGGGUCCUCAGACACACUGACACACCUCCACACCUUCUGGUCCUCCUUCACCCAGGAGGACCUCCUCCCGGGGGUGGAGGUAUGGAGGGGGGGGUCCUCAGCCUCUCUGUGUCGGUUGUAGAAAACAAAACGG